AUGGGGUUCGAGGAGCUGCUGGACCAGGUAGGCGGCUUUGGGCCCUUCCAGCUGUGGAAUGUGCUGCUGCUGGCUCUGCCCCGCCUGCUGCUGCCGCUGCAUUUCCUCCUGCCCAUCUUCCUGGCGGCCGUGCCUGCCCACCGCUGCGUGCUGCCCGGCGCCCCUGCCAACUUCAGUGACCAGGACGCGUGGCUGGAGGCCCACCUGCCCCGAGAGCCCAGUGGCGCCUUCAGCUCCUGCCUCCGCUUCACUCACCCCAGGGCCCUCCCCAACACCACGCUGGCAGACGGGGAGCAGAGCCCUGGGGAGCCGGAUGGGGCCCCCUCCACGAUGCCCUGCCCGCAGGGCUGGGAGUAUGAUCACUCCGAGUUCUCCUCCACCAUUGCUACCGAGUGGGAUCUGGUGUGUGAGCACAAAGGCCUGACCAGAGCUGCGUCCACCUUCUUCUUCGCCGGUGUGCUGGUGGGGGCCGUGGCCUUCGGCUACCUGGCUGACAGGUUUGGACGGCGCCGUCUGCUGCUGGUGGCCUACGUGAGUGCCCUGGUGCUGGGCCUGGUGUCAGCAGCCUCCAUCAGCUACCUCAUGUUUGCCAUCACCCGUACCCUCACGGGCGCCGCCCUGGCAGGCUUCACUAUCAUCGUGAUGCCACUGGAGCUGGAGUGGCUGGACGUGGCCCACCGCACUGUGGCCGGCGUCCUGAGCAGCGCCUUCUGGAGCGGGGGCGUGAUGCUGUUGGCACUGGUCGGAUACCUGAUCCGGGACUGGCGAUGGCUGCUGCUGGCUGUCACCCUGCCAUGUGCCCCGGGCAUCCUCAGCCUCUGGUGGGUGCCUGAGUCUGCACGCUGGCUCCUGACCCAGGGCCGGGUGGAGGAGGCCCAGAGGUACCUGCUUCGCUGCGCCAGGCUCAAUGGGCGGCACGUGGGUGAGGACGGCCUCAGCCGGGAGGCUCUGAGCAAAGUUGCAGCAGGGGAACCGGUAGUUCAAAGACCCUCAUACCUCGACCUGUUCCGGACACCGCGGCUCCGACAUAUCUCCCUGUGCUGCAUGGUGGUGUGGUUUGGAGUGAACUUCUCCUACUACGGCCUGAGCUUGGACGUGUCCGGGCUGGGGCUGAACCUGUACCAGACGCAGCUGCUGUUUGGGGCCGUGGAACUACCCUCCAAGUUGCUGGUCUACCUGGCGGUGCGCCACGCGGGACGCCGCCUCACACAGGCGGGAACACUGCUAGGGACUGCCCUGGCCUUGGGGAUCAGACUCCUGCUGUCCGCGGAGAUGGGACCCUGGAGCACCGCCCUGGCGGUGAUGGGGAAAGGCUUUUCUGAAGCUGCCUUCACCACCGCCUACCUGUUCACGUCGGAGCUGUACCCCACUGUGCUCAGGCAGACAGGCAUGGGGCUCACUGCACUGGUGGGCCGGCUCGGGGGCUCUUUGGCCCCCCUGGCGGCCCUGCUGGAUGGAGUAUGGCUGUCGCUGCCCCAGCUCGCUUAUGGGGGUAUCGCCCUGCUGGCUGCCUGUACUGCGCUCCUGCUGCCAGAGACCAGGCAGGCACAGCUGCCAGAGACCAUUCAGGACGUGGAGAGGAAGAGCACGCCAUCAGAUCUGCAGGAGGAAGCUGUGCCCAUGAAGCAGGUGCAGGACUGA